AUGGUCAGCUUAGGCAAGCUCACUCGGGCGGGCAGGAACGAACAGGAUGCGGAGAAUUGCGAUACUACUGCUACCCACCACAGGCGGACGUCAUUUUACAAGGCGAUUGGUCCCUACGGUUGCCAGCCAGACUCCGCUGUAAUUGAAGAGCAUACUGGUGAUGCUAUGCUGGGCCUCGUCAGGGACGAUAGAGGCAAGUGGCAAGGGGAUGGGACUAUUUUAUAUAACAACGGAGCUGGGUAUUCCGGUACUGUAGUAGACUCCCAGAGAGAAGGCCUUGGGGUGUACAUAAGCAAAGGAGGGGCUGUGUAUAGGGGAGAAUGGAAGAAGGAUGAGCCUGAUGGUUUGGGCAAAUGGGAGCAAAGCGAUAGCAGCUAUUAUGUUGGCGAGUUUAAGGCUGGUCGUAAGGACGGCAAGGGGUACCACUUCUCCCCCUUUGGUGGCAGUAGUGGUGUUGGGGUCACUUACUAUGAGGUCUGGUCCGAGGGAAGCUUGAUCGACCAGAAUCGUGUGAAUCGAAGGCCUAGUGAGGGCUGUUGUAGAAACGAGUCUGACCGUUUUGGGGGUGAGGAAAGGACGGCUGCUGGGUGCUCCGAUGAGUAG